UUGCGGGGUGGGGGGUGGUUUGUGUGCCUCUUAUAUAUAGCUUCCGAAACUCUCCCUCUCUCUCUUUCUCUCUCCCCCUCACGCACAAACGCGCGCGCGCACACAAACACGCGCGCUGAAGUUGACGCCACAUGGGAUUUAGCUCAGAGGAGAACUCCUCCACAUGAACUCCAUCUAACGCAUCCUCCUGGAUUUAUGUUGGAAAAAAAACUUUAACAGUCUGCGAUCCCUUUUUUUUUCUCUCUUUUUCUUUUCUCAAGAGCUCUUUGUAUACACCCAGGACGGUCUGGAUUGGGAUGGUGGGAAAAUGACCUUCUGUUGCAGAGACUCAUUGCUUUUUCGACCCCUGGAGUAAGGCUGAUCUUCCAGAUGUGAUUGUUCUGUCUGCAGGGUUUACUGACCUUCUCUUGAAGCCUCUGUUUCCCGACGUCAGUCUGUGAGAAAAAAAAAGGAAGAAGAAGGCUGAAAAACAAGAGUGUGGAUUACAUCUAAUGCACAGUAUAAGGAAGGAGGGUUGAAGCCUCUUCAGCCCUUCUGCUCAGACUGUCCUCGUCCUUGACCCUGGAGCUCCGUGGGCCAGCGAUGAGUGCCACUGGGAGGUUGCAGUCCCACACCACACCCGCCGUAAAGCACCCGGCAUGGAUAGAGGUGAAAACGCCUUCUACAUCAGCCUGGAGCUGCUGAUUGCUUUGCUGUCCGUGGCUGGAAAUGUGCUGGUGUGCUGGGCUGUCUGCCUCAACAGCAAUCUCCAGAGCAUCACCAAUUACUUUGUGGUUUCCCUGGCGGCAGCGGAUGUGGCCGUGGGCCUCCUCGCCAUCCCCUUCGCCAUCGUUAUCAGCACAGGCUUUUGCAGUUAUUUUCACGGCUGUCUGUUCAUCGCAUGCUUCGUCCUCGUGCUGACGCAGAGUUCCAUCUUUAGCCUGCUGGCCAUAGCAGUUGACCGCUACAUCGCCAUCAAGAUCCCGCUCAGAUACAACAGCCUGGUAACUAAUCAGAAAGCUAAAGCCAUCAUUUGUCUGUGCUGGAUCUUUUCUUUCAUCAUUGGACUAACUCCGAUGCUUGGCUGGCACAUGCCCAUCACCAACACCACCAACAGCACGUGUCCCCCGGGCCUGAUUGAGUGUCUGUUCGAGAGUGUGGUCACGAUGGACUACAUGGUAUACUUCAACUUCUUUGUCUGUGUCCUUCCGCCAUUGGUGAUCAUGUUGGUCAUCUAUGUUCGGAUAUUCAUGGCGGCUCGCCGCCAGCUGAGGCAGAUGGAGCACAAGACAUCGUACAGCCACAGCGAGGGAUCGUCAUCAACUUCGGCAACUCGCUCGACACUGCAGAAAGAAGUCCAUGCCGCAAAGUCUCUAGCCAUUAUUGUUGGACUGUUCGCUAUCUGCUGGCUUCCUCUGCACAUCAUCAACUGCUUCACGCUUUUUUGUCCAAAAUGUCCCCGCCCACCGAUCUGGAUCAUGUACGUCGCCAUUAUUCUCUCACACGCGAACUCGCUGCUGAACCCCUUUAUUUAUGCUUACCGAAUCCGAGACUUCAGGUUGACAUUUCGAAGGAUUAUACAGCAGUAUGUCUUCAGGCGGCAUGACAGGCUGACCAAAAGCAACACCUCUACCAGGAUUAGCGUCAUUGAGCCAUCUCUUGGCAGCAUGACUAACGGCAAAGUGCCACUUCGAAAUCCUAGGAAAGAUCUUCAGUUUGUAAAGGAACUCGAUUGCACAGAAAGAGACUGGAGCUCAAGAUCAGAUUCUGAGUCCAGCAUUCCCGCUGCACUUCCCGAUCAAAUCAGCAACGAAAUUCCUUCGGAAAUCAUGCUGGUGAAGGACUGCUGCGUUAUCAGUAAUGUCAAUCUGAGUUCCAUAUCCACAAGGACAAACCAUGUAGGGGAGCUCACAGAGGUCUCAUGAAGCAUGACAUUAGCCAAGUUAAAACAAACAUAUAGCCUUGUGUGAUCUACACAUCUGAGGCCUGAUUCUCAGUACUGUAUGGAGCCAGAUAAGCAUUGUGUUGUUUGUACCUACAUUUGUGUGGGAACCGGAUGAACAUGGCUAUUAAAUUGCGGCACGUCUCACGUGUCAGGUUUAUCAGAUGGAAUUUACAACAUCUCUCGCGAUUACAAGUAGUUUUUAGAGGUUUUUAGUUCUGUAACAGGAGCUAUGCUCCAAUGAAUCUAUUCAAAAAGCCCACAGUUAUUGGCAAACACGUAGUCUGUUUAUUUAAUCAUGACAGUUUGGGAAUUUGGACGUCAUGGAUGUUGACUGGGGUUCUUAAUAAGAAGGGAACAACCCGUAAGUUCUUGAAGAGUCAUAACCUAUGCUACCUCUAGCAAGUGACAAACCAACACAAUAAUAAUUCCUUUCUGUACAUAUGUAGCAUAGAGCUGUGAUUCCAAUAACUUUGACAAGCAAUAUUUAAGUUAUGGUUUCAUCUACUGCUUUGACAUUGUGUGCAUCAGUUGCUCAGUGGUAAGCAUUUAGUCUCUGAUGUAGAAGUUCCUGUUUCAAUUCCCAGCCAAUGCCCCAAAUCCUGCCACUGGAUGCAGGGCAUCCUUAGCGCUCAUACAAAACCCAGAUUAAAAUAUCUAUGCUAAAACAAAUGUGCUGAUUGGAUGGUCUACUGUAGCAGUCCCUUAUUGGAACUGCCAAAAAAGGACAUUUUAUGAUAGGUAUGAUGCUAACGUGACAGCAUGAAACAGUUGGUACUAGCGGUCGCUCUGACCAGUCCAGUGGUGUGUGUUUGGGGGGGGUGAUGUUUCUUCACUUCCCCAUGCAUAAACCGUAGUUCCGUUCUACAACUAGGUCCCAUUUACUGUUUGACUUGCAAAACUGAAGAAAAAACUUACAUCAAACAUACUGCUAUAGCACAUACAUCUAUUUAUGUAAACCCACAAGCGACUUGUCACUUGCUAGUGUGAUUAGGUAAGGCAUAAGAAACAUUACCGCGAAUGUGUACAAAGCAUGGUGGUGUAGCCACAAGCAGCAAUAGGGGAGGAUGUUUUAGGUGGAGGGUGGCGCUGCAGGUGACGUAUUUCUCUCAAAAGUUUAUUUUUACUGGUGUGUAUGCGCUGUUACCAUUUUGGGAGGUGUUGUAAGGUAUAAUGAGGAAAGUUGCAUUCAAAAAAAUAAUAAAAAACCAUGAAGUGGUUCAUAGCAAUGUCAUUCUGGCAUGUAAAAUUGCACUCUGUUGACUAUCAGUAUAAUAGCUAGUACAAUACAGUACAUGGAUGGACGGAUAUACACACAUUUUGUGUGUAACAAAGCUUGGUGUUGCCACAAUCUUGUCAAGGCUUCUAUGAAGUUUCUGAAGUUUCCUCUACAAACCGACACUACUGACUGUGAAACCUUUUUUUUUUUUGGGGUGGUUCUGAACUUCACCAAAUAAUAAUAAUAAAAAAAUUGAUUUCAUUACAGUGUGUAAAGAUCUCAUAUUUAAUUUAAAUUCAAAUUUUAUUUGUCACAUACAAAGUCAUACAUAAUGCUUUAGUUCAAUUCAAUGCUUUAGUUGUUUAAUUCAACGAACUUGCAUUCUUACUGUAAAUCUACUGAUGCUGUAACUUGCAAUGACUAGAAAAUUUUAUGUUCAACU